AUGGCCACCUCCAUGAGGCCCCGGACGCCUUCGCAGGACGUCCACUCGCCCGUUCCCAAUGCCUCCGGUCAGAGCAAUCUCCACCGCAGCCACACCUCCAGCUCUCGGCCAAAUUCCUUCGUCGCAUCCAAUUCGAUCCAACCCACCGAAUUCCAGGUACGAACGGGUAUUAGCGAAUCCUCCUCCGCCCCCCACCAGUCUCGAUUCCACGAAGAGCUAAGCCAGCGCAGCUCGUCCUUGAUAGAUGGUUAUAACAUCGGUGAUGUGCCGCAGAACGAUUCCCACCCGUUACUCUCGCAGCAAGCAGCCCCGCAUCGUUCCGGAACGCUGAAAAAGAAACCGUCGUUGGGCAAGAAGGGAAGUUUGAGGCGGGGCGGAAGUAAGCGGAGCAGCCGCGCAGGCAGCGUGAGGAGUCUGAGGCUGGGCGAAAAGGAGAAAUACGACGUGGGAGAAAACGAGAUGAAUAGCGCUUUCUACGUUCCCAUCCCAACAAAGGGAGCUCCGACGGAGAUCCUUGCCACCAGGUUUCAAGCAUGGCGCAAAGUGCUAAAGGACCUUAUCGCCGUCUUUCGAGACAUCCAGAGAUCUUAUGAGACGCGAGCUAAAAUUCUCCUUUCUGCCUCAAACUCGAUGGGCAAUAUCGCGAUGCCGAGCACCUUUUUACAGUCUGGUGGCAUUGCGGAUGCCGCCAUCAUACUCAAAACAUACCAUAAGCAGGCGCUUGCAGAAUGCAAUAAGGCCAAGGAAGUGGAAACAGAAAUUAUUGUCCAGUUGAAUAGCCUCAGAAACGACUUGCAGGCAAAAAUAAAGGAGAUCAAAGCCCUCGCAGGUGAUUUCAAGAAUUCCGUUGACAAAGAAAUGGAGGGCACGCGUAAGGCCGUGCGAAAUUUACAUGAGGCCCUUGGACUAGUUGACACCGAUCCUGCCGCUACAUCUGGAAAAGGUGAUCCAUUCAUCAUAAAAUUGGGUGUUGACAGGCAGCUUGAAAAGCAACUGUUGGAAGAGAAUUAUCUUCACAAAGUAAGCACUCCACUCCAGUCCAAAUCCAGAUACGAUACAAUUGCUGAGUUCUUUAAGGCCUACCUUAAUCUCGAGAGCUCCGGUCGCGAACUUGAAGCUAUCGUUGUUGGUGAGAUACAGAAAGCAUACAGUGCUUAUGCAAGCAUUCUAAAACGCGACGCGGACUCCGCGUACGAUGCCGUCGAGCGAUUGCGAGACGGUCCUCUAUCAAUGCCAAAGGAUCGUGAAUGGAAAGCUUUUGUGUCGCAUAAUGAUCAUCUAAUCGACUCCAGCAUACCCAUGCGAAACAUACGCAACAUCACAUAUCCUGGGAGUGACCAUCCGGCAGCGGCAGAAGUUCGGGCGGGGAUGUUGGAACGAAAGAGCAAAUAUUUGAAGAGCUAUACUCCGGGAUGGUAUGUCCUAUCGCCAACGCAUCUACACGAGUUCAAGUCUGCGGAUCGAAUUAGAUCUCAGAGUCCGGUUAUGUCGCUGUAUCUACCAGAACAAAAGCUUGGCUCUCAUUCUCAGCCCGACUCGUCGUCCCACAAGUUUAUGCUCAAGGGACGUCAAACCGGGUCGAUGCAUCGUGGGCAUGCUUGGGUAUUCCGGGCUGAAUCGCAUGAUACCAUGCUUGCCUGGUACGAAGAUAUUAAAAACCUAACCGAGAAAACCGGCGAGGCACGGAACGCAUUUGUUCGGAAACAUGUACGUACCCUCAGCGGCGCAAGUUACAGAGCUGCAUCUAUCAGCAGUGACGGCGUUCUAGAUGAGGAUGAAGCAGAUGAAACCCCGUAUUCUGCUGAACAUAUGUUACCUCCACGUGGAGCGUCCCUGGAUGAACCUCGGUGGCGUUCACCCCCUGGGGGACGAUUUCCAAGUGAAGUCCACUUGAAUAGAACACUGGAGGCCCCUGAGUCUCCGUCCAGCGAAACAAGCUCUCGUGGUCCAGAAGGACCUUUGGAUUCGACUUUUCGUGAAGCCGGGAUCCACUUCACCGGCCAACAACACCCACACCAACACACGCAUUCGCACUCGCACGAAACAGAGCUACCGGAUACAAUGCCAAUAAAUUCUCGCUCUGGCUCUGUUCGUUCCACGCUCUCUAAGAAACCAAACCGGAUCUACGACGAAUGGAUGACAACCCAUCGUCCCGUACCUCCGCAAACGCCCACACAUGAACAAACCAGCAUUCAUACCGACCAAAUAUACAGUCCGUCUCCUCAACUCCGCCGCACCGGAACACGCGUUCGCUCCAUCGCAUUGUCCACUGGUGCUCCCAUCGUCGUGCCCGGGGAUAGUUCUCACCCAACCCUGCAUCCCGAACCGGAUACCUCAAUCUUAUCCACCCAGCCUACUGGCACAACAAAUACAACAGUUCCCAGUCUCACGACCGCAACAUCACUCGGCGUGCUUGGUAGUGAGAUAUCCGCCCAAAACACAUCUCAUCUACCGAACGGGGCAAGCGGCUUCGGGCCUCCUAUCGCGGAUCUGCACGAUGCGCAGAGCAACACCGUCAGCGAUCUCGACCGCUCGGCGAAACAGCGAAUGACGCCUGUGUCAAGCCGGACGGGGACGGUUAGCGAUUUGAAAGUACCAGGGCAAUAUCCCAUGGCAAGUAGCUAA